AAAAUGGGAAUCAUGUCCUUAUUAGAAAGACCGUCUCUUCACUACCCUAAUAGAUUUUCAACAGGGGAAACGCAACAGAAAUGGAGGGAUACAGAGCAGGACACAUUAAAGGAGAGCAACUUUGACAGAGACGGUCAUCUCCUAGCAGGUUCCCAGAGGCACGGAGUAAAGUGGUGGAAUCAGUCUCCUGCUUUAUUUCCAGGUUGUCCUGCUGCUCUGAAAACUUGAUCCCCCUCUCUGCUGAUUUAAAGAAGUGUUCCCUCAUCACACGAAGCAACAUCUCAACGCUGUGAACUAAAAUCAAAAAUCAAGCACACAAAAUGUUGUGCCCAUGGCAGUUUGUAUUCAAACCUCGUGCUGCUAAGAACCAGCCCUCUGAAGAGAAGGAUAUCAAUAACAAUGUGGAGAAAAAUAGGAAGAUCCACGGCUUAGAAAAUGGUGAUGCCAAAUUGUAUGAUCUGAGCAAGAAGCAGGUAGAGAUGCCACCUAUCGUAACUUCAGCAAUGGCCAGUGAUGGGAGAGAGAACCCUCCUCAAAAUGAUAUCAAAUCUUCAAAUCAAAUAUCAAAGUGUCCAACACAUGUAAAAGUAAGAAACUUGGAAAAUGGAUCCAGCUUUCUUGACACACUACACCUGUCAGCAAAGGAGGUUAUCAACUGCCAGACAAAAGCCUGCCAAGGGGCACUCAUGACCCCAAAGGGUCUGGUGAAAGGUACUAGAGAUGGGCCAGUUCCACCAGCAGAACUUCUACCUCAGGCAACAGACUUUAUCAAGCAGUACUACAAUUCAUUUAAAGAGCCAAAAAUAGAAGAACACCUGGUCCGUCUGGAAACAGUGACCAAGGAGAUAGAAACAACAGGAACCUACCAUCUGACAAAGGAUGAGCUGGUCUUUGCUGCCAAACAGGCCUGGAGGAAUGCACCUAGGUGUAUUGGGAGAAUCCAGUGGUCCAAUCUCCAGGUGUUUGAUGCACGUGACUGUAAAACAGCGAAGGAAAUGUUUGAGUACAUCUGUCGUCACGUUCAGUAUGCCACAAACAAUGGAAAUAUAAGAUCAGCCAUAACUAUCUUCCCUCAGCGGACUGACGGGAACCACGAUUUCCGUGUUUGGAACAGCCAGCUCAUCCGAUACGCUGGCUAUCAAAUGCCAGACGGGUCUGUCGUAGGAGACCCUGCCAGCGUGGAGUUCACACAGUUGUGCAUCGAGCUUGGGUGGAAGCCGCGGUACGGCCGCUUUGAUGUAGUCCCACUUGUUCUCCAAGCAAAUGGCCAGGACCCAGAAAUAUUUGAGUUCCCGCCAGAAAUUGUCCUCGAAGUGCCAAUGGAGCAUCCCAAGUAUGAAUGGUUUAAGGAGUUAGAUCUGAAGUGGUAUGCACUGCCUGCUGUCGCCAAUAUGCUUCUUGAGGUGGGAGGCCUGGAGUUUACUGGAUGUCCCUUCAAUGGCUGGUACAUGGGGACAGAGAUAGGAGUGCGGGACUUCUGUGAUGUGCAGCGAUACAAUAUCCUCAAGGAGGUAGGGAGAAGAAUGGGGCUGGAAACAAACAAACUGUCAUCGUUAUGGAAAGACCGUGCCGUUGUAGAGAUAAACGUGGCUGUGCUGUAUAGCUUCCAAAAACAAAAUGUGACUAUCAUGGAUCAUCACUCAGCUGCUGAGUCCUUCAUGAAGUACAUGCAGAACGAGUACCGUGUGCGAGGCGGCUGCCCGGCCGACUGGGUGUGGAUUGUACCUCCCAUGUCAGGGAGCAUAACUCCCGUGUUCCACCAGGAGAUGCUCAACUAUGUCCUCACUCCUUUCUAUUACUACCAGGUGGAUGCCUGGAAGACACACGUCUGGCUCGAUGAGACCCGGAAGCCAAGGAAGAAAGAAACCAAGUUCAGUGUCUUGUCAAAGGCUGUGCUCUUUGCAUCUUCACUCAUGCAACAAACAAUGGCAACCAGGCCCAAGGUCACUGUCAUCUAUGCAACAGAGACUGGGAAAUCUGAAACACUAGCCAACAACCUGUGCAGCCUGUUCAGCUGUGCCUUCAACACUAAGGUUGUAUGCAUGGAUGAGUACAACAUCUGUGACCUGGAAAAAGAAACACUUCUUUUAGUAGUUACUAGCACUUUUGGAAAUGGAGAUUCUCCAAAUAAUGGAAAGACCUUGAAGAACUCCUUGCUCACCUUGAAGUUGCUGAGAAAAAAAAUUAGAUACGCUGUGUUUGGUUUGGGGUCCAGCAUGUAUCCAGAGUUCUGUGCCUUUGCUCAUGCCAUUGACCAAAAACUGGCCCAACUAGGUGCUUCUCAGCUCACUCCAAUAGGUGAAGGAGAUGAACUCAACGGGCAAGAGGAAUCCUUUCGCACAUGGGCAGUCAGUGCAUUCAAGACUGCCUGUGACAUUUUUCACAUCCGUGGGAAAAACAGCAUUCAGCUGCCUGAGAUGUUCACCUCUGAUGAAAGCUGGGAGCCUAGGAAUUACAGACUAGUGCAUGACUCACAAACCUUGGACUUGGCUAAAGCACUUGCAAACAUUCAUGCCAAGGAUGUAAUUCCCAUGAAGCUGAAAUUCAGACAGAAUCUUCAAAGUUCAAAAUCCAGUCGUGUUACCAUUCUGGUUAAGCUUUCCUGUGAGACUCAUCAGGAAGUGCACUACCUGCCUGGAGAACACGUUGGGAUUUUCCCAGGCAACCAACCACAACUAGUCCAUGGCCUCAUGGCGCGUGUCAAGGAUGCCCCUCCAGCUGAUCAGACUAUCAGACUGGAAACCUGCACUGAUGGUGGCUACUGGACAAGUGACAAAAAGAUUCCAGCCUGCACGCUCCGUGAGGCUUUGACAUACUUGCUUGAUAUUACUACUCCACCCUCCCAGCAACUGCUUAAAAAACUGUCCCAGCUGGUAACAGCAGAAGGAGACAAACAGAGACUGGAAGUUUUGUGUCAGAGCAUGGAAGAAUACAAUAAAUGGAAGUUUUACAACAAUCCAAACAUCCUGGAGGUCCUGGAGGAGUUUCCUUCUGCUGAGGUCUCAGCUGCUUUCUUACUGACUCAGCUGCCACUUCUGAAGCCCAGGUACUAUUCUGUCAGUUCCUCCUGUGACGUGACACCCAGAGAGAUUCAUCUGACAGUUGCAGUUGUAAACUACAGGACAAGAGAUGGACAAGGGCCUUUGCACCAUGGAGUGUGCAGCACCUGGCUGAAUACAAUAGGUCUCAAUGAAACAGUUCCAUGCUUCGUACGCAGUGCUAAUGAAUUCCAUCUCCCAGAGGAGCCAGGCAAGCCAUGCAUUCUGAUUGGCCCAGGAACAGGAAUUGCUCCCUUCAGAAGCUUCUGGAAGCAGCGUCUCUAUGACUUGGAAAAGAAAGGGAUCAAAGGUGGUGACAUGACUUUAUUGUUUGGCUGCCGGCAGCCAGACCUGGAUCACAUCUACAAAGAAGAAACUGAGGAAAUGAAGAGGAAGGGAGUCCUGAAAGAGGUCUACACAGCUUACUCCAGACAACCUGGCAAAGCUAAAGUCUAUGUUCAAGACAUUCUUCAAGGCAAGUUGGAAACCAAAGUGUACAACCUCUUGCAUAAGGAGGGAGGGCACCUGUAUGUCUGUGGAGAUGUGCGCAUGGCCAAGGACGUUGCUCAGACUUUGAAAGGGAUGCUUGCAAACAAACUGAACCUCAAUGAGCAGCAGGCAGAGGAGUAUUUGUUCCAGCUAAAGCACCAAAAGCGAUACCAUGAAGAUAUAUUUGGGGCUGUAUUCCCACAUGAAGUCAAAAAAGGCGUAAAAGCUUUGCAAACCACCAGUCCAAGAUGAAUCCAUUUACGUUUUAAACAACAUUUGAACAUUUGUUACUUGCAAAGAUCAAGGGCUGGAAUCCUCUUCCUUGUACAUGUGGCAUCUACACAUGUAUGUGAUUGCAGGGUUUGACUUUUAAAGCUCAGCCUGAACUGAGAAAUACAUCAAAUGUAAAGUUAGUUGGUAUUUAUUCUGACACUGCUUUUACUGGAGCAUCUUACAAGUGAAGAGGAAACUAUUUUUGUAAUACUGUUUGUGCUGGUAUAAAUCUGGGUUUGUAAAUACAGGGGAAAUUCAGAGGGGUUUUUACUGUGUGAGCAAUACUGAAAUCUGCUCUUCAAUGUAUUGUUUACCUUUGUGAAUUUAUUUAUAUCAGAUUGUUUUAUUGUGCAUAUUCAAUUUAAAUCAAGUAAAUGGAUGGUUGUGUCACUUGGAAGUGUAUAGACCUUGUUGCAUCUGAAGCAACGUUUGCAAAUGAGAUACUAGAAUGGUUCCUAAGUGGAAAUACCCACUGCAUUCCCUUCAAAUGUACGUACACGAGGAGGCAGUAGCUUCGAAUGCUGCUUCAUGUCAUUCAGGUACUUGAACCUGAAUUGUUACAGAGCCUCUGGCAGUAAGGUUCAGAAAAUCCCACAGCACUUUGUACAUUUGAACUCUAUACUCUGAUUUACUGGAUUUGUUUGUAAUAAAC